AUGGCGGAGUUGGAUGACUUAUUUCUCACGGAUCAAUAUGUAGGCCCGGAGCGACUUACCGAUCUGUGCUACAAGCUCAUCUGCGAAAACCUCGACAUCAUCUCGGUAAAAGGGAAACGGGGCCAUCGCAUACUACGGAAGGGGAUAACCUUCCCGAGCGAGAUAUGCGACAAGAUUAUCGAGUAUGCGCAGCGCAGUGAGGCGACUGAGGAUGACGACUGCUUUUUCUCGAUCUUCAAGAACCAGACAGCGACCCGGCUCAAACGCGUCAAGAUCUCUAACUGCAGUCUGACCGACAGCUCAGUGCAGACUCUCGUCAAUCACAAGCUCCAUGAACUCGAACUCACUGACUGCAGCAAUGUGACAAGCCUUUGCAUUGAGCACAUCAAUGCCAAUUCGGAGAAUUUGCAUAGUUUAGCGUUUCAUGGAGCCUCGACGAUUAUACCUCCUAAUUUGGACGGCUCCUGUUCGUCCGUCAAUUACUACGAACGAGAAUCUGUUUUCAAAACACCGAAGUUGAAACGUCUGGCAUUGGCAUACGUUUUAAUACCUUCGCAACAAUAUUUUCAUCUUCUAGCGGGAUUAACGAAUCUAACGCAUCUGGACUUAUCUGAGUGUUGUAACAUUGACACUUUCGCAUUUUACUCUCUGGUACCGAAUUUAAUAUCCUUAACUUUGUACAACGUUAAACUUAAUGUCGACCCGAAAUCUUUCGUUAAGAACAUCUGUCAGUUGAAGAAUUUAAGGCACUUGGAUAUUUCCCAAUUUAAUCAUAAAUACGGACAUUUUAAGCAUCCUAAUAAGAUCCUGUCUGAACUGGUGAAUGGUCUACCUCAGUUGGUCUCUCUAGAUAUCGGCGGUACGAACCUUGCGGGAACAGGUGUAGCCGAACGUCCGCCGAAUAUCGAUUUAGAUAUGGAUAUGGAUAUCGAAGAUAGCAAUUUUGUGCAGUUGUCCGAUAUACCAGGACUUGCAUGUAGGAUAUAUAGGCCGUUACAAUUUUUAGGACUUUACGGGACUGCGCAUGGUGCUUGUAGAAGACAUGACAUACCAGCAAAAGUGGUGGCUGGUGAUGCAACUGAGGAUCAAAUAUUAAUCGCAGCCCGCGUUUGUAUGGACAAUAAGCAAGAAUUACUGCAGAAAGUAUUGAGCGACUUAUACCAUGUAUUUAGAUAUGAAAAUUGUCAAAGAAUGGAUCAGGCGCUAUGUACCGUCUUGGAAGCAAUGGAGAAGCAUCCAGCUCAGAAGCACAUACAGAUAUCGGGCAGCGCCACAUUAUUUUACAUAGUAAAGAUGAAGGAAAAGGGAGAAUUAGUAGCGCGAAUGAAGAGAAGAAUUAUCAGUACUCUCCUUGCUGGUAUGAGCACACACAGAGACGAGGAGACUAUGAUGCGGAAUGGUUGUUUGGCAUUGUGUCAAUUCCGCAUACCACAUGAUGUGAUGUCGAAUUAUGAAACUCUUGUAAAAGUGCUUCUACAUUCAGCUAAACAUUCGGAGCCGGAAAGUUUUGUUCAGAGAAUCGGCAUAUAUCUCUUAAACUCUUUGGCUUGUCAAGUAGAAGGUAAAGAGAAAAAAUUACUUGGCAAGCUAGGUUGUGUUAAGACUAUGUUAGAAUUGGUGGAGUAUCGGGUGGAGACAAGUACAUUCGACGAUGUAUUAGAAGUCGCGUGGUCGACCAUGUGGAACAUGACCGAUGAAACGUCCAUAAAUUGCCAACGAUUUUUAGAUGAGAAAGGCAUGGCACUUUUUCUCAAAUGUGUAGAGCAAUAUCCGCAAAGAGAAGAAUUGUUGAGAAAUAUGAUGGGUUUACUUGGGAAUGUAGCAGAAGUCGAUUAUCUUCGAAUCCAUCUUAUGCAGGAACGAUAUGUGACCGUUUUUGCCGAUCUGUUGCGCUCCAACAACGAUGGAAUUGAGGUUCCAUACAAUGCCGCUGGUAUAUUGGCACAUAUGGCAUCUGAUGGUAUUGACGCUUGGACAAUAGAAAAGCCAACUCGUAAAGAUGUUCUUAAAUAUAUGGUGCAAGCGAUUGAAAGUUGGGAUUUAAGUUCAGAACGUAAUAUCAAUUAUCGCUCAUUUGGGCCGUUAUUGCGCCUGCUAGAUAUAUAUCACACUCCUCCAUGUCAACAUUGGGCUGUUUGGGCUCUGGCUAAUCUCACCAAAGUAUACUCAUUUAAAUACUGUGCAUUGGUAGUAAAAGAAGGAGGAUUGGAAAAACUGCAAAUGGUGAUAAAAGAUUCUAGACCAUACGAACGUAUAAAAGAACUCGCAAACUUGGUGAUCGAAAAUUGCUGUCAAUACGAGAGUCAUUCCGACGACGGAAAUGUUUCUCAUUCCGCCUUAGACGCGGAAUACAGUCUGGAUGGCUAAAAGAUUUUAGUAACAUCACAUGGCAUAUAUACAUAUAUAUGUGUGUGUGUGUAUAUAUAUAUGUAUGUAUGUAUAACUUAUAUCGUCUCAUUAGACAAAACAAAUUAUUAUUAGUAUAAUUUGGAUGAAUAAUAACGAAGGAAUAAUUAUAUGAACGAGCGAGAUUAAACAUGAGCGUGUUAUACGUAUUAACUUGAUGAUAAAUAGGUUUGUUCUUUGUACUUGUACUAUAUUAUACUUACUUUCUUCACAACUAUGUUCUGUCACUUUUUGCACUUAAAAUGCCAUAAAUAUAUAAUUAAACGAAGAGAAAAAGAGUAAUGAUGAGAAGUACAAAAAGUUUAAUUACAAAGAACAAAUCUAUUUUUUUUUUUUUUUUUCGAUAAAAAAGUGGAGAGAAACGGAUGCUCAAUAUUAUAAUUAUAAAGGUUGUGUAUGCGUGCGUAUGUGCGUAUGUGUGUAAUUUGUAUACGCUCAUGUGCGUAUGAAGAAUGCGAAAUAUUUUGAAGCGACUAUUAUCUGCAAAUAUUCAUCUUAUAUAUUAUUGCUGAUAAUUAAUGGUUGACUGUAAAUUUUUUAUUCAAUCGAAAUACAUACGGUGUCACAAAUGUUUUGCCAUAAAAUCAUUUUGAGCGUAUUCGGACAGAUACGCCUGUAGAUAUUUGUACAUCGUGAUUGCCGAUUGUUGAUUUAAAAAAAGAAUUAAGAAUUAAAUUUUUAUUGAUUUAAGAACGGACUGAAUAUGAGCUGUUAUUUAUUUUUAAUUUUGCGUGUUUACUGUUUAUGCAUGUGAAACACAAAUGCUAAACUCGGAUAGAAUUUUCAAUGAUGCAUUUGUUACGCUGUGUGUAUGUAUGUACAUAUUACGCUUUUAAUAUAUAGGGUGUUCGGAAACAGAUGGGUAACAUUUUAAAACUGAUUCUAGAUGAUCAAAUAAAACAAAAAUUAUAAUAAGAAAUUUUGGCUAUGUUAGUUUUACUAACCAAAUUGACCUAUGUGCAUGCAUUUUUUGUAUGAAAUUGUUUCGAUGCGUUAUUGUCUACACUUAAUUGUGGCAAAGAAUUUAUAAAAAAGUCUGUAUGAUCAACAAAAAGAUUAUAAAAAAUAUUACGUUUGAUCGGAAAAAUAGACCUUUCACAUCUCUUCUUGAGGCUUCAUUUUUUUAAUUAUAAUGUCUAAAUAUUCAUGUACUCUUUCACUUUUGGCAUUUUUUAUGUGAGUAUUUAUAAAUUUAUAAUUAAAAAACGAAGCCUUGAUCACAAUUUAUGUUUGCUGUUUAUUUUCUUAUUUUAUCAAAUGGAAUCACUCCUUAAAUUUUCUCCCCCUUCCCCUCUAUUGCCGAACACCCUACAUAGUUGAGUCUCCAUAUUCUAAAUAUUCUCUUAAUUGGCUGAAUUUUUGAAAAUAAUUAGUGAAACUGUGAAGGACCGUAGAGAGUUGUGGUAAGAGGGAUAAAGGAGAGGGUAAAAUUGGGGUUUUUUGUUCUAAUGAAUUAAAAAUAAAAAGGUUCAACUAUAAAAAAGCGAAAAUAAGUAAUCGCUAAGGCUGGUAUGCUUAUUAUACUUGACUUUAACUAAUCGUAUUGAUUUUCGUAUGAUAUGUGGAUGUUUGUUUCAGUCUUUCUUUUCUCUUCUUUGCUUCUCCCUUUCUUGUAGAUAGUAUGCAGCAUAGAUAAUUUGUUCUAUUCGUAUUAUACUAGAAUUUUUUUUAACACACCAAGGAAGUGACAGGCUUAGAAGAAUUAUGCGUGUAUAUAGGAUUAGGAAGAACCAAUAUAUUAGAUUUAAAUGUUUUGUAUGUUAUCGUUAUAAUUGCUAUUAAAGUCCCCUGAGGAAAAUUAACUUCAUCGAUUAAGCCUCCAUACGGUCAACAAAUUUUCAGAAUUGUCUUUUCAUAGAUUCUUGUUCGGCAACAAGAAUGCACGCAGAAAUAUUACAGCGGUUGUUAUUAGCGCCAACAUAACAUGUGACGAUAUAAUCAUGUAAUACAUCAGUGCAUACCCGGUUUGUUCAAUGUAUAAUAUAGUAUUAUUUAAAAUCUUAAUAA